AUGCGGGUUGGAUUUCGACUGACAGCCUUAUUAUCAUGGGCAGUGGCUGCCUCCGCCACUAUUCUGGAGAAUGGUCAGGUUAGAGAGAACGCCUACCCUGGCCAGGUGCAGACCGUAACCCUGGAUGAUUCCUGGAGAAGCUAUCCCGCAGAUGCCCCGGAGAUCUCUUACAAAGGUCGAUGGGAUAGCCAGCACAUUUCAUGGUGGUCGGCUCCUGGAAUCAAGGUCGAAUUCUCUGGGGAGAAGCUUGCUGUCAACUUCGGCCCAAGCACUAUCCCAGGUGUGCUCGUUGCUUAUCGCAUUGGCUCUCUUGACUGGCAAUUCUCUAAUGUCACCGCCGACUCAACGUAUCAAUUUGUUGGUCCUUGGUCAGAGCUCAAGGAUGGCGAUGAACCCAUCGGCAAGAAUAUCUUCGAGAUGAGAGUAACGAACUGGGGCAUUGGAGUCCAAAUCGCUGGCGUAGCUGUCGCGAAGGACGCCGUCAUCACCAAAGCUCCGACCUUCGACAAGAGAGUCGAAAUCAUCGGUGGAUCCCUUGCAUCUGGCCAAUUUGCAACCUACGAGACAAUCUCCUCGUGGUCCUUCAUGUUCGCCAACGGCUUGGGUAACGUCGAAUAUGGCAUCACGGCCUAUCCCGGAGUGUGUCUUGCCGAUCAGAAAUGCUAUGGCGGGCAAUCUCGGGGCGUGGGAUGGUAUUGGCACCGGGCCUCUGACCCAGGCUCUCGCGCACGUUCCAUCUACGGCCACGAGCCCGAGCACUGGGACGUCAAGAAAGAGCAGCCGGCCGAUCUGGUCAUCAUCCAGAUGGGCGGUAAUGACCACCGCCACCCCAACGAAAUUCCCGGUCGGGAUUACUACCACGCCUACGUUGACUUGGUCGAGGAUGUGCACUCAAACUGGCCGAACGCCAUUGUCCUGCUCAUGUCUCAAUGGGGCGGUUUCACCAAGCAAAACAAGAAAUUCGUCGGUAGCACUUACUACCUCGAAGAAACCAAGCAGGUCCACGAGCACUUCAAGGAUCGUGGCUUCGUCUACUACUUCCCCACCGAGGGUCUGCUGCAGCACAACGAUAUCAACCCCAAGAACCACUUGACGGACGUGGGACACGUUAAGAUCGCUAGUCACUUGUUGCAGUGGGUCAAGUUGGUGCUCAGGUGGAACCUUGAGCCCACUGGCGAGGUCCAGUCUGGAACUGCUUAUUGGAAUGAUCAGCAGGAAUACUGA